AUGCCAAAGUACUACUGUGACUACUGCGAUACAUUCUUGACACACGACUCACCGUCUGUCCGAAAAACGCACAAUGGCGGAAGAAAGCACAAGGAUAAUGUCAGAAUGUUCUAUCAGAAAUGGAUGGAAGAUCAAGCACAAAAGCUCGUCGAUCAGACUGCGAGGGCGUUUGCUACAAAUCGAAUGCAAGGAGCGGUACCUCGUACAACAAUGGGAAUGGCUCCGAUACCGCCUGUCGGACAUCAUCCGAUGAUGGGAGGACCACCGGGAAUGCCUUUGAUGGCACCACGCCCAUUCCCAGGACCGCCUGUUGGAUUUCCGGGUGCACCGGGGAUGGCUCCAUUCCCUGGCGGACCAAUGCUUGCCGGACCACCAGGAAUGCCACCAAUGAUGCCACGUGGACCACCACAACAAUUCCGUCCAAUGUAA